AUGAGGACUUUGCAGGAGACUAAAGUCCAUGAAGUUCAGUACCUGAAUGAACAUAAGGCUUCUUUUGAUGUUCUAUCUUCAGCAAAGUCCCAAAGAGGUGAAAAGGGAGAACCUGGUAUCAGAGGUGCCAUUGGACCAAAAGGAGAAUCUGGGGUGGAUGGCCUGAUGGGGCCUUCGGGUCCUAAGGGGCAACCUGGGGAAACAGGUCCUCAGGGACCUCCUGGUUUGGAUGGGAAGCCCGGAAGAGAAUUUUCAGAACAAUUUAUUCGACAAGUUUGCACUGAUGUAUUAAGAGCCCAGCUACCAGUCUUACUUCAGAGUGGGAGAAUCCAGAACUGUGAUCAUUGCCAGUCCCAACAUGGCUCCCCUGGUAUUCCUGGGCCACCUGGUCCCAUAGGCCCAGAAGGUCCCCGAGGAUUUCCUGGUUUGCCAGGAAGAGAUGGUGUUCCUGGAUUAAUGGGUGUGCCUGGACGCCCAGGGCCCAGAGGAUUAAAAGGCCUGCCAGGAAGAAACGGGGCAAAGGGCAGCCAAGGGUUUGGGUACCCUGGAGAACAAGGUCCUCCUGGCCCCCCAGGUCCAGAGGGCCCUCCUGGAAUAAGCAAAGAAGGUACCCCGGGAGACCCAGGUGUCCCUGGCAAAGAUGGAGAUCAUGGAAAACCUGGAAUCCGAGGGCAACCAGGCCCCCCUGGCAUCUGUGACCCAUCACUAUGUUUCAGUGUCAUUGUCGGAAGAGAUCCAUUUAGAAAAGGACCAAACUAUUAGUGUCUGAUGCCUCAUUCAGCAACGUAGGCAUGGUGCUUUUCUUUUGUGGUCUUUUGCAUCUCAGGAAGAUAACCAACAGUAAUCCCUUGAAAAGAAACUAAAGUACCUCGGUGUUUUUAUUUUUAUUUUUUUUUAUUUUCCUUAUGGAAAAACAUGUGCAAGGUCACAUAUACUGAUUUUAAAGGCUCCUCCGUAAUUUGGAGCCCUUAGAUUAGUAGCAUUAAUUAAAUCUCAAGGGUUUCUUGUAAAGUCCAUUUGUUCUAAUCAAAGUUAAAUAUAAAAAUCCACCAUUGCCUGCUAGCCGGUCGAUUUUAGUCACUGUGAAAUAGUUCACAUUCAGCCUCCAUGCUGUAGCGAUUUGAGUUCAGUUUCAUGUUUGUGUGAAUUUCAUGUUUCCCAUCUCAUAGCUCAUGCUUCUACAUUACCCAAAACAUAUAUUUGGUCAUUGGAAAUAAGAUCAGGGCUGAUAUUCAGCUGGGAUAGAAAAUAUUGCCGUAUUUGUCAUUUACGCCAAUGUCUGUGCCUAUCGUAAGGGUCAGUGGACUGCUUGUUGUUCAAUGUUGUUUUAAACAUCACCUCUGAAUAAGAUUAAUGUAUUUCUUAUUUCAUUUUCAGACUCUCAAAUUAGAUUAAUGAUUAUGCUAAGAAAGAGUAUUAAUUACAUUGGGAAUGGUCAAAAUCAUGUAACAUUAAAAAUAUUUAAGAAAAAAUGGUUCAUUGUACAACCUAUUCAAAGAAAAUGUAAAUUCAGAAGUACCCAAAAGACUUCAUACUUGCUGAUUAAUAGGUAUCUUUGUUGUAUGCUCUCAUUUUCCUUUUUACUUAUAUGUGUAUGUUCAUAUAUGUUAAUUUUCAUUGUAGCAAAGCUAAUGGGAAUAAAUGUCCUAGUUGAAAGGAAAGAUAACUACACAAAUCCUAGAAUGUAUUGAUAUUUUUAGCAGACUUUAAAAUAUUACGCAUAGUCUUUGUGUAUUGUUCCUAAUGCUUUUUGUAAGGAAUAGAAUUUGAGAUAUUUCAUUUUUGUCAUGCUUACAAUUUUGUUACAUGCUUGUUAUUCAGAGUACAAUAAAGUUUUGUACAGGCCU